UGCGAAAAUGGCGAGAAAUGCAUUUCUCGCAAAUCCUUUCUUCGUUUUCUGCAAGUUCUCCAACGUGACCCACGACUGAACGAGGCUCGACAUCCCAAAAUGAGCGAAAGAGGGAUGGACAAUCUUCUGAAAUCGCUCGGCUAUCCAAAAGGUGUCGACAUAUCCUUCCCAGUCUUCGUUCACUACCUGUGGAGCGAUUUCUGCGCAGAUUCUCUGAAUAUCACUCAAGAACAGGUUGACGAGCAGAUGCAUGAACCGCUUCCAUGUUACUUCAUCAAUUCAUCACACAAUACGUACUGCAUAGGUCUGCAAGUGAAAGGAGCGCAGCUGUUUCCAUCUUCCAGCCAUAGAGAGGCUCUUGCAGACGUCGAAAUUUACAGACAGGUUGCCGAUGCAUUGAUAUGGCAAAUUCAGACAUGGGAUGGCUCCGAUGGACCAGUGGUUACACAUGGACCAGCGGCCGUUAUGCGAAUGAAUGAAAUCCCACUUAAGAUCGUCUUGUAUGGCUAUGCGGACGAUUGUGUGCGUUUCAAGGUAUCGCCUUAUCCUGUCCUUUUAUCUAUCGAAAACCACUUGUGCCAGCAGCAACAGAAGCUAAUGGUACAAAUAUUCCGAGAGACUUUCGGCUCCAAAUUGCUAGUCGAUGCUCUGGAAACCCAUCCGGACCAGUCUCUACCAUCACCGUAUGCUCUUCGAUAUAAAAUAAUCAUCAAAGCGAAAAAAUCGAAGCCAAAGAUUCAGCCG